UUUUAUAAUAAGCGCGAUAUUUUAGCACAGUGAAAUCCAGAGACUGUAGAUUUCGCUGCUGAAUCAGCCAUAAACACGGCGGAUGAGCUGGCAGGUGACUUUUAUUUUGAUAUACAAAUACCGGAAGUCCUUCCGUUCUCCGUUCCCGCGACUUUACUGCUCGGUUGGCUGAGUGACGUCUCUCACCGACCGGUGAAAUACACCGACAAAUCGACCGGACUGACCGCUUAUCCGUCUUUGCUGGAACUCACGGCAUCACGGACUGUCCCUCUCCUCUCCCCGGCCUGAAGGGCCGAGCCGCUGACACGGAGCGGUAGCGCUUCUCCGCAGGAUGAUGGAUGUAUCUCCGGUACUGACCGACGGACGCGCAUCCCGGUGGACUCGGCGGACGGUCAGCGCACACUUUUGACCAGCUCAAAGAAGACUGACGCACCGGCUGUUUGCUCCUUCAGUUUUGAUCCUUUCCCCCGGAAUGUCAUCAUCAAGGAGCGAGUGAAGCAUCUGCUCUCGCCGGGUGCCGCUGGACGUCCUUCUCCUCAAGGGUUUCUGGCGCUUUUAGCAAACGUUAGCACCGGUAUGAGCGGAACCGCAUCUGCCCGUCAUAUCUAACCGGGGUCGGAGGCUGCUAGCAGGGAAAUAUUUGGAUCUGUGGAUGAGAUUGUGUACGGAGCGGAGGAGGACGGAGGAAGAGCAGCGGCAGCAGCGGAGAACCGAACAUCCACCCUCAUCCCCGGAGGGGGGCAGAAGCAGCGACGAGGCCACAGGACGAUGUGAAGAUGGGGGUAGUUUUCGGUCUCCUGUGGCUGUUUACCGGCUUCCUGCAGGGCGUGCACGGCCAGGGCGUGUACGCGCCCCCUACAGUGCGAAUCGUGCACUCUGGUCAGGCCUGUAAUGUGGAGGAGGAGCGCUACAGUGAGAGGGUGUACACUAUCAAAGAGGGAGAGACUCUAGAGCUGCAGUGUUUGGUGACUGGACACCCCCGACCACAGAUCCGUUGGACUAAAACUGCUGGUGGAGCGUCAGACCGCGAGUCCUCGCUGCACAACGAAACUCUGAGGAUCCAAAACAUCAACCGCCACCAGGGGGGGCGUUACUACUGCAAGGCUGAGAAUGGAUUGGGAUCCCCCGCCAUCCGCUCCAUACGAGUCGACGUCUACUACCUGGAUGACCCAGUGAUAACGAUACAUCAGAGUGUGGGUGAAGCAAAGGAGCAGUUCUACUUUGAGCGGACAGUCUUCCUGCGCUGCGUAGCAAACUCCAACCCUCCUGUCCACUACACCUGGAGGAGAGGCAGGGAGGUGCUGUCGCAGGGCUCAGACUCUGGGGUGGAGAUCUACGAGCCGUUCUUCACACAGGGAGAGACAAAGAUUCUGAAGCUGAAGAAUCUGCGGCCGCAGGAUUACGCCGACUACACCUGCUUCUCCUCCGUCAGGAACGUCUGUGGCAUCGAAGACAAGAGUGCCCACUUCACUCUGAGCAACAGGACAGCUCCUCCAUCUGUCAAGCUCCUCCUGGACGACCCCCUGGUGGUGAACGCCGGCGAGACGAUCACUUUGGUCUGUGUGGCAUCGGGCGGAGACCCUCAUCCCAGUUUAAAAUGGAUGAGACCCGAUGGGCAGCAGCUCCCCAGACGGAGCGUGGUCAAAGGGGGCACGCUGACCGUUCCUGCUGUUGCUAUUGACGACGGUGGUGUCUACAGCUGUGUGGGGUCCAACAACGUUGGGAAUCCCGCCAAAAAAACCACCACCAUCCUGGUCAGAGGUCUCCGUAAAGGUCGCUUUUGGAUCACACCUGACCCUUACCACAAUGAUGACAAUAUCCAGAUUGGACGGGAGGUGAAGAUCAGCUGCCAGGUAGAGGCCACGCCCCCAGAGGAACUGCAGUUCAGCUGGCUGAAGAACGGGCGGCCUCUGAGGAGUUCAGAGCGGAUGGUCAUCACCCACACUGACACAGACGUCUCGCCGGGAACCACCAACCUCGACAUCAUCGACCUCAAGUUCACCGACUUUGGCACCUACACCUGUGUGGCAUCACUAAGGAACGGAGGAACCCCAGAGAUUAGCAUUGAUGUCAACAUUUCAUCCACCACAGUUCCUCCAGAGCUCACCGUCCCCAGGGGGCGCUCUCACCUCAUCGCUCAGGAAGGCGACACCGUAGACCUGCAGUGCCUGGUCUCUGGAAAACCCAAACCCAUCAUCCUGUGGUCUCGGGUGGAGGAGAGCGGGGUGGCGGCGGCAACGGCAACGGCACUGAUGCCAGACGGCUCCGUUCAGACGGAGAGCUACGACGGCAUCCUGAGGAUCAGCAACGUGACCAGAGAGAUGAGCGGGACGUACCGCUGCCAGACGAGCCAGUACAACGGCUUCAACGUCAAGCCCAGAGAGGCCUUGAUACAGUUGGUGGUGCAGUUCCCUCCCGCCGUAGAGCCCGAGCACACGGAGAUCCGUCAGGCCCUCGGCCGGGCGUUCAGCCUUACCUGCCGUCUGCUGCGAGCUCAUCCGGCUCGCCUGCUGCGAUAUGAGUGGAAGCUGGGCACCCGCCUCCUGACUGUCGGACAGUUCAGUGACCAGAGAGACGACACGAACUACCACGUCAGAGCUUUGAACAGGGAGGGCUAUGGCGAGUACACCUGUGACAUCACCAACGAGGCCGGGGCAGGACGUUGCACGUUCCUGGUCACAGGAAAAGCCAACCCUCCAGAGUUUUACUACGACACCUACAGCGCUCUGUGGCAGAGCAGGCCGCGAGUCUACGGCUUCAAGCUGCAGUGGACUCAGAUGGAGCCGAACGCUGUGGAUCGAAUCCUGGCCUACAGACUCGGCAUAAGGCAGAUGGGUCAGUCUCGCUGGUGGGAGCAGGAGAUUCCCAUGGAGGGAACCAUCCAGAAGGGGGAGCUCUUGACCUACAACUUAACUGAACUCAUCAAACCUGAAUCCUACCUGGUCCGCCUGACACCCAUCACCCGCUACGGGGAAGGAGACUCCACUGAGCGCAUCAUCACAUACAGCGCUCCUGUUAACCCACAUCUCAGGGAGUUCCAGUGUGGUUUCGAGGAUGAGGCAUUGUGUUUGUUCUCUCAGGACAAAAAUGACGUGUUCGACUGGACACGCCACAGUGCCGCCACACGAGACACCAAAUAUACGCCAAACACGGGACCAAGCUCUGACCGCACCGGCUCCAAGCAGGGUUUCUACAUGUACAUAGAGACAUCAAGGCCAAGGCUGGAGGACGACACAGCCAGACUGUUGUCCCCGACAUUCAACUCCAAAAGCUCCUCUGUCAGCAACAACCCCACCUACUGCUUUGCGUUUUAUUAUCACAUGUAUGGGAAACAUAUAGGAGCUCUGAACGUUUUCCUGCGUCAGAAAGGUCAAGCGGUCACAGAUACCCUGGUCUGGAGUCUCACCGGUAACCAAGGAGACCGCUGGCGUCAAGCCAAGGUCAAGAUCCACCCAACUACAGCCUUUCAGAUGGUGAUCGAGGGCGUGCGAGGCUCUGGUAUUGAGGGAGAUAUUGCCAUCGAUGAUGUCGCUAUUGAGGAGGGAGAAUGUAAAGACCCCCCUCCCAACAAUCUAAGGUCGCUCGCCCCACCCUCAUCGCCACAUAUAUGGCAGCACUGCAUCACUCUGAUUCUGGCUCUGAUUGGCCAGCAGAGGUGACCCCUCCUCUCUGUCGGACAUUGCGACCUUUGACUCUUUGCCCACCUAUUCCUGCUCCAUCAUUCCCAACAUUUAACCCCACUCCAUCCCUCUGCUACCAAAGAUACAGUCAGAGACGAGAUAGCUAAAGCAGGAGGCCAUACGAUGGUUUGGUGACAUGAGAGUUGAGUUUGAAGGUGCCAGAUUUAUUUUAUUGGGCUCGUCUUCUCUCUCGAGUCACAGCGAUCUGUUUCUGACAGAGCAGCUUCAGUCCAAGACGUGUUUGCAGUAGCUGAGCUUAGAGACUGGAAGCAGGGGGAAACUGCUGCGCAACAAGCUCUGACGUUGAAGAACCUUCAAGCCACAGCAGUAUUGUCUGAUUAGUGACCAUAUUUCUCGACAUGUUCCAGGAAAAGCAUUCAUUUAGUAAAUAAGACAGCUUUAUUUAGAAUUAAAUUAAUAAGAUCGGCUGUUUAUCUCUCUGAUGGCUGCUGGACUUUGUUUGGUUUGACAUCGAUGAGAUAAACAGUUGAUUUUUCUUACGUGUCUUCCGUGCACACGCAGUAGGGAGGUGACAGUUACCUGUUUGGCAUUUUAACCCCCAAAGACAUUCCUCAGGUGUAGCUUUGUUCAAGUUACAGCUUUAUUUCAAAGCAGCAUUUUCUUUGAAUAUGUUUUUUUGAUGCAGUACCACCUGUGGCUGCUGAUGAGCAAAAGGAUUUAGCUUAAACGUCUUUUAUCAGAUCAUUUCAAAGCAGAACCAGAAGUUUAAGUAUGAAUUUUCUUCUUCUCUCUUUAUUGGUAAAAUGGUAAAUGGUCUGUAUUUAUAUAGCGCUUUACUCGUCCCUAAG